AUGGCUCCGCUUCUCUUCCACGGGGCAGUCAUCCAUUCGGUCUCUCUGCGGGAACUAGAGAUCCUUACGGACGCCCUUAUUGUCGUCGAUACUAGCGGACAAAUCGUCACCUUUGACAAGAAGAUAUCGCGACAGACAGUCGAGACGAUCCUGGGGCGCUUUGGCGAAGCGGCAAACGACAAUGACGACACAGAUAUCGUCGCCCGCAUCUACCGCAUUCUGCUGAAGCUCGGCCGCCCCGAGGCACACCUGCUGUCCCGCGGCGAGUUUCUGAUCCCCGGCUUCGUCGACACCCACAACCACGCGCCCCAGUGGGCGAUGCGCGGACUCGGCCAAGGGCUGCACAUCCUCGACUGGCUCGACCAGGUGACGUUUCCGAGCGAGGCGCGCUUUGCCGACGCCGAUCACGCGCGGGCCGUCUACGAAGACUGCGUGGCUGGCUUCUUGCGCCAGGGCAUAACGACUGCAUCCUACUAUGGCUCGCUGCACGGCGAGGCCACAUGCAUCCUGGCCGACACCUGUGUUCGCCGUGGCCAGCGUGCACUCGUCGGCAAGUGCAACAUGGACCGCAGCGCGCCCGACUACUACCGCGACGAGAGCGCGGUCACGUCGCUACACGAGACCCGGGCCUGCAUCGCGCACAUCCGCCAUAUCGACCCGGCUGGCGCACUCGUGCAGCCGGUGCUGACGCCGCGUUUUGCCGUCAGCUGCUCGGCCACGUUGUUACGAGGACUCGGCGACCUCGCUGCCGCUGAGCAGCCACCGUUGCCGGUCCAGACGCACUUUGCCGAAGCCGAACAGCAGGUCGCCGCUACGCAGACGCUCUUCCCCGACUUCGCCAGCAGCGAGGCCGGCCUCUACGACCACUUCGGCCUUCUGGGACCUCGCACCAUACUGGCCCACUGCACCGUUAUCACGGACGUCGAUAAGGACCUUCUCCGGCUGCGUGGUUGCGGCGUCGCCCACUGCCCCAUCGCCAACAUGACCGUCGGCGGUGGCUUCAUGGCCGCACCUGUGCGAGACCUCCUGCGCCGUGGCAUCCCCGUUGGUCUUGGCACCGACAGUGGUGGUGGCUUCUCUAGCAGCAUGCUCGACACAGUUCGCCAGGCUUUUGUCGCUGCCAAUGCCCGCGAGGUCGCCAGCGGCGGCAAUGACAAGGCCCUCUCGCUCGCCGAGGGCUUCCAUCUCGCCACGCUCGGCGGUGCUGCCGUCUGCGGUCUCGCCCACAAGGUCGGCAGCUUUGCUAUAGGCAAGGAGUUUGACGCUUCCUGGAUCAAGACCGGCGACCCCAGCAGGGGCGUCAUGACGAUGAUCUGGCCUGAGGACGGGCUGGAAACCAUCUUUGAGAAGUUUAUCAUGACUGGCGACGACAGAAAUAUUGACAGAGUGUAUGUUCGUGGUGUGUCCGUUAAAUACUAA